UGCUAACAGAGAUAGCUAGCUACGCUAACCCGUCAAACACGUCGGGGUUUCUGUAAAUGCUAUUGUAACGGAAAGUUCUGUAAGAUAUUCACAGGUUCAACAGCUCGUCAGCGAAACGUUGUUAAAACACAGACGACUCCUGUCUGUAACCGCAGUGAUGUUGACAACCAGCUACAACCACAAUUAACCACCAUCUUACCAGUACGGACCAGUGCAGGAGCUUGACAUUGAUCUUAAUGACACGAGUCCGCAGGGACCGUCUGCAAAGUGCAACGCAAAAAAACACAUCACAGAAAUAUUCAAUAACUUCACUGUUAUGAACGGUAGCAUCACCAAUAUCAUGCCACAUGUGCAUGGGCUUGUACUUGUUGUACUACACCUGCUAUUUUGAUCAAGUUACUACUAAAAAUCCGAACCCCUUGUGCCUUCAGAACUGCCUUAUUUGUGGCAUACUAUAAAAAAGGUGUUGGAAACGUUCCACAGAGAUUCUGACCCAUAUUGACAUGGCAGGGCUUUAAUUUUGAAAUGGUACAUCAUAAUGUCCUGAUCAUCCCUGGGUGACACUCUGAUGUGGUUUACUAUCAACCUGACACGGAACCUGACAUUACUCCUAUUCGGUAAUUCCAUCUAUUCUAACGUAAUAGGGUAAUGCAUUUACACAAACCAUGGAUACAAAAUCUCAAGUUAUCUGGAAGUCGGUCUACUUUAUAAGGAGUAAGUAUUUCCUUGGGUAGGUGGUUCCAAAGUUCAAGAUCACCUAUUAUCUGCGCUGGGACAAUCAUCAGCUUGUCAAUAGAUGCAUUGGUGUAGAAAGGUUGGCAGCAUAGAGCGGCAGGACGUGUGUGUGCAUGUGUUGCUUAGGAGAAACUGAAGAGAGUUUUGUAUAAAUCUAUUUGACCGGUCGGUCUGAUGCAGUACUGCAGUACUCGAGGUGGCGUCCAUGGAUGGGACUUCCAUGAAGUUCUGUUUUCGGGAUUCGCUCCCGACGGCGGUAUGUUCAUACCUGAGAAUGUACCUGUGCUGAGCCCCAACACCUUGAGGACCUGGAAAGGGCUGACCUACACCCAACUGGUGGUGGAGGUUGCCUCACUGUUCAUCCCCACUCGGCUUAUCCCCAGACUGGACCUGGAGGUCCUUGUGGGUGAAGCCUUGACUGGUUUCUCUGUACCUGAGGUGUUGAGAAUCGCCCGGCUGAAGGAGGGACUGUCAAUCCUGGAGCUCUUCCAUGGGGACACAAUGGCCUUUAAGGACCUGGCCAUGACUUGCACAGUGCGCUUCCUCAACUAUUUCCUCAAAAAGCAGAAUCGCACAGCUAUUGUUCUUGUAGGUACGUCAGGAGACACAGGUGGCUCAGCAGUCCAGAGUGCGAGGGGUCUCAGGGGGUUGGACUUGGUGGUGGUUUACCCCAGAGGACGCAUCACACCAGUCCAAGAGAAACACAUGACCACCUGCUUGGAGGACAAUGUCCAUGUGUUUUCUGCCGACGGCAGCUCAGAUGACAUAGAUCGGCCUCUGCGGCGUCUCUUUGCAGACCAGGAGCUGGUCAGCUCUCACAGUCUCAUGAGCCUCAACUCAGUCAACUGGUCAAGAGUCAUGGUCCAGCUGGCCCACUUCAUCUACGCUUACCUAGAGCUCAGUGGUAUCGAGCACACAGAGGCUGACGGAGACCUGCCUGAGCUGGAGGUGGUGGUGCCCACUGGAGGGGCGGGAAACAUUGCUGCUGGCUACAUUGUGAAGCUGAUGGGAUUGCCUCUGAAGCUGGUUGCCAUGGUGAACUCUAAUGACAUAGUGCACAGGACGGUGACUAUGGGGGACUUUUCCAUGGCAUCUAAAGUCACACAAACCUUGGCUCCUGCCAUCGACAUCCAGGACCCUUACAACAUGGAGCGACUGUUCUGGCUGCUGCUGGGCAGAGAUGGAGCUACGGUGAAAAACAUGAUGGAGGAGUUUCAACAAUCACACAGACACUCUCUGCCGGAAAACCAACGCAGGCUUUUGUCACACGUUUUAUCGACUGGAACAGUGACUGAUGAGGGGAUCCUGGAGACCAUGAGGAGAUGCUGGGAGGAAAACCAGUAUGUCCUGUGUCCUCACACAGCUGUAGCCGUAUGGCAUCACUACCACUGUCCUCACAGCCCCGGGCUCAACAGGUGCUACAUCGCAACAGCAUCUCCAGCCAAGUUUCAGGCAACAGUGCAGAGGGCUGGCCUGACCUUUGAGCUGCCGGACGCAGUGCUGGCGUUGGACAAGUUGGCCACCCGUUACCAGAGCCUGGAGCGGAGCUCGAACUGGUGCAAAGACUGGGAGGACAUACUGAGAGAGAAAAUCCAGUCUCUGAGUUCAGCCAGGAAAACCAGACAGUCUUACAACAGCUGAUUCGGAAAGCUGUUAUUACAUUACACGUGUAUGAGCGAGGUCAAUCGUGAUUACAUGUUCAUUUAGCUGACGCUUUUAUCCAAAGCGACUUACAAUAAGUGCAUUCAACCAUAAAGAUACAAACUCGCAAGAAGCAAGAAAGUGCAAUUUGCUAUAGAAAAGUGGCGUUACAAGUACAAAUCACCGUGAUCGUGCUUAUCUGGAUCUAGUAAACUAUGUCGAUGCAAAAGGCCUGUUGUUCCCUUUUUUGACGGACUUUGGCCAUUCAAAUGGUCUCUGCAUUGCUACGGUGGUGUCAUACACCAUCACCACCACCAAUCAACUGUUCACAACUUUCAAUCUUCCUGCCACAACUGUAACACAGAUGUAAAUGAAUGCUGAAGAAUAAAAUCAAACCGAGGUUUUUUGUCUCAAAAA